AACUAUUAGCAGAGUGACACAGCUGCCUUACAGAACUAGUAGCAAUCUCAAGAAACCUGUGGAGUACUCUUUCCCAGCUGAUUCUGGAGGAAGAAGAGCUUUCUCAUCCAGCUAAACGUCAGAGAAUAUCAGGAGCCAACAUGAAAUUGAUCUUCCAGUCCUUCUUCUGCUGCUGUUUGCUGGCAACAGUAGCACACUGUGUGGAACUUGAAGUGAAUGAUGAGUUGAAAAAGAAGCUAAACAUGUGGCUAGGGAGCAGAUUGAGGCGAGAUCUUGACAGCAUAUCAGUAGAGAAGACAGCAGAGUCUGAGCACCUUGUCAGACCAGAAGAUAUCAGGGAUACUCUGCUGCCACAUUCCAGCACUGACAUCCAUGUCCGAACCAAGAGGUCUAUAAAUUCAGGCUGUUCCCUGGGCACCUGUGCAGUGCACGACCUGGCACAUCGUCUGCACCAGAUCGGUAACAAGAUCAGGAGCGGGAAUGUCCCUGCCCACAAGAUGAGCCCGCACGGAUACGGCCGGAGGCGUCGAUCUCUCCCAGCACACAGAGUCACACUGAGGCUAGAGCAGGGCAGGCUGAGGCCCGUGUGGAGCACAACUGACUCUCAAGUUCACAAGCUCGAGGCUCUCCUCAGACAGACAUGAGAGCCACUUUGCAAGAAGAGUUGGGAACAAAAGCAAGGGAGAAGCUAAGAGUUAGUGUCUGCUCUGUUCUAAAAUUCUUGAAGUGCCUCGGACUCCAGCCAAGUAUUCUACGGCACAUUUGUUCCAGGCAUGAGGAUUGAGUCAGUGAAUCAGAGCAAAACUGGCUGGAGCUGAGUUUUGUCCAAAGGCUGAGCCUUGCAGUGAGCUCAGCAAUGUACAACUUGCAAAGAAAAAAAAAACAAAAAACUGCAGCUGCUUA